UUCAUUCGACACUCGACAGUUGUUAGGUGGCGCGGGCGACGAAAGACUUGCCGUCCAGUGUUUGUGAAAUAAUCGUAAAUAAAUUGUGUGUAACAAUGAAUGAAGACAAUGCGGUGACAGAUGAUUUGAAACGACAAGCUGCUAUGUUUUACAAUUCAACUGAAAGAGAAAUACUACGAGAGUACAAUAAUGAGACAUCAUGGCGGUUUUGGAGGAAGCGGCGGCUUGUGGUGGCGCUGCUUGCGUUCUUUGGAUUCUUCAACGUGUACGCCUUGAGGGUCAACCUUUCUGUUGCGGUGGUAGCCAUGACGGAGCCGAUAGAGCACGUUCUAGAUAAUGGAACUAUUGUUUAUGCUCCAGAAUUCGACUGGAGCUCUCAAACCAAGGGUCUGGUACUGAGUUCCUUCUUCUAUGGAUACAUCGUCACGCAGCUGCCUGGAGGAUGGCUUGCGGCUAAAAUAGGAGGUAACAGAAUGUUUGCAAUCGGCGUAGGCGCAACGUCUUUACUGACUUUAUUCACGCCGCCCCUCGCUCAUACGAGUACAGCUCUACUCAUCGCUGUUAGAGUCGUUGAAGGGUUAUUCGAGGGUGUGACAUACCCAUGUAUACACGCGAUAUGGUCUCGUUGGGCGCCGAGUGACGAGCGCGCUCGUCUCGCGACGUUCGCGUUCAGCGGGAGUUACGUCGGCACGGUUGUGUCUAUGCCCAUUUGUUCUCUACUAGCGCACUAUACAGGAUGGCCUGGAAUCUUCUAUGUUUUCGGCAUAAUGGGUCUGGUAUAUACGACCAUUUGGUGGCUCGUUGUCAAGGAAUCACCAGAAAAGGAUCCUCACAUCACAGCCGCUGAACUCAAAUAUAUUCAGGACUCUCGCGGCACCCAAGCAGUGGAAGGGUCCAAGAUUCGACACCCGUGGCGUGCAAUAUUGACCUCUGGCCCCGUCUGGGCCAUUGUUAUGGCCCAUUUCAGUGAGAAUUGGGGAUUUUAUACGUUAUUGACGUUUUUGCCGACAUUUAUGCAAGACGUUUUCAAAUUCGAGACGUCCCAGACAGGGUGGCUAUCCGCGGUGCCUUAUCUGGCGAUGGCCAUCGUACUGCAAGUGGCAGGGCACAUGGCGGACUGGCUGCUGCGCAUGCGCAUCAUGUCGAGGACCAAUAUACGAAAACUCUUCAAUUGUGGGGCUUUCCUUGCUCAGACGAUAUUCAUGGUGGCAGCUGCGUAUGCGACGAAUAUUCUUGGGUGUAUCGUGUGCCUCACUAUCGCUGUCGGCCUUGGAGGUUUCGCCUGGUCCGGAUUUAGCGUAAAUCACUUGGAUAUAGCGCCACCUCACGCGAGUGUACUGAUGGGACUUUCGAACACCAUCGCAACUUUACCCGGCAUUGUCAGUCCCCCGUUAGCCGGAUCUAUCGUUACUGAUAAGACUGCAGAACAAUGGCGGAUAGUUUUCUUCAUAUCGAGCGCUAUCUAUCUAAUCGGUGCAAUAGUUUACUACAUUUUCUGCUCAGCGGAGAGACAACCGUGGGUCGUGGAGUUCGAUAAUGACGCGAGUUUCGAUACAGACGCAGCAUCCGUCACCACAGCGAGGGGCGUCGACAAUAAGGCUUUAGAUAAUUCGGAGAUUUAAGACUAAUUGUCCGUUUAGGUAAUUGAGAAAUUAAUAAUUGUAUUGUAUUACAAGAACGGACUUUAAAAAUUGUCCGUUUUAAACUAAGUACCGAUGGUAUUAUUAAAAAAUCCAAGAGAUCUUGGUGUACAUAAUGGGAAUAAAAAAGACUAUUUUAAUUGUCCGUUUAAGAUCUUGGUAUGUUAUCUUUUUAGAUCAAAUUGUACUUUUUGACAAAUUAAAAACAGACCGUUUUAAAACGUCAAACUUGAAUCUAGUUUCAAGAGUUGUCAAACCAUUUUUUUGUAUGAAGUUUGACAGUUGCAACUUAUACAGGGCGUCCUAAAUUUUUGGGACAUGAAAGGAAAGUAACUUAAAUAUAAAAUAAGGCUCUUGUUAUUUUUAAAAUUAGUAAUUUUGAAUUCAAAUAUUUUCUAAAAAUUACUUGCCUCGUCUGGGAAUCGAACUGACUUAAAUGUAAAAAAAAACACUCCUACUUUUAUGGUGCCAAUCGAAAAAAUGCCCAAAAACUAAUAACUCUUCUUAAGCAACAUAGUUAUAAAAGAAAGGAACAGCGUAAAAUUAAUCAUUUUACUUUCCCUUCAUGCCCUUUGGGACGCCCUGAAUAAAGGUCUAAAGGUCAACUUAUUAACAAUGUCUAGUCUUAGGGUAUACACUUAAGUAUGACUCCCGGACGUCAAAAAUAUAUUGGAUUUUGACAAGUCUAGUUUCUGAAUCUCACCUUAAGACCUUCAUAGAAAUAGUAAUUUGAUCUUACCGAUUUUUUUUUAAAUUAUGGUCAGAUAAAUGUGUUUGGGUAUUUUUUGUUACAUCUGGAUACAAGUCAAUUGGACGAAAUCGUUUAUAAAAUUUGACAACAGUGUUACCAACUAUAUUCUUAACUCAUUUAUUUGAUCUAUAAAUAACUUUUGCUCUGCUAUGCGAAUGUUCAAGAGUUUUUAUAUACUGAUUAUGUCGUUCUAAGGGUUUGAUUCCCUCGAAAAUUUGGCACAAAAUGCUGAUUUUGAUAAAUCAAAACAGACACAGAAAAAUGUCUGUAGCAUAAACUUAAUUUUACUAUUAAAUGUUUUAAAACUUUUUUGUUUACUUUAUGAAAGUCAACAUUGUUUUAUAUUUUUUUUCCUAAUUAAGAGAAAACAAUUUUUUUAAUUGCUCAAAUUAUUACACAAUUAUUUUUAGCUUUGCGAUGUUAAAAUAUUAUUAAUAGUAUGUCUUAAAACUGUAUAAUGAAAAGCUUCGGAAUUAUACAGUUUGAGUAAUGUAUAAUCCAUCAGUUAAUUGUCCUUUAAUUGUUAAUACAUUUUAUUACCAGUGAUUUCUAUGUAUAGAGACUUUGCUUCCACCUGACAUUUAUAUUUGUCUGUAUACAUUUUAUACUAGAACGAACGGACCCAAUAGACGUCUUGAUAAAAAAAGGGUGCUUAUGUACGCGCGUAGGAAGUUAUACUUCUUUGGCAUUAUUAAAAAUAGUUUUUGAUUGCAUGCAAAUAAUUAAUUACAAUUAAAUAAUCAAAGACUGGAAAAGGAGU